GUCAACACAAACGAAAUAAGCAAAAUUUUUUUCAUUUCUACACAUUUCAGAAAUUAAUAGCAUGUUUUUUCUGCUACUUAAUAGUUUUUUUUUAUUAUUCCACUGAAAAUUUUACAAUUUAAAUCAAGAAAAAUUGAACAAUUUCAUUUCAAUACACUAAAUGCAUUGUUUUCGGUGAUUUCUUUAUUUAGAAACAGAAUGAUUUCAAUGAAUAAUUUCCAACUUUUUUCUGUCAUACACACACAGAACAUUCUCCAACAAACUAAUGAAUGAAUGUCUCGAAAAAAAAGUUUUUCUUGUUCGAUUUUUCAUCAUCUUUUUUUUCCAUCAGCAUUUUCACCAACCAUAACUAUGAAUUUCUGACAAAAUGAUUUAUUCUCUGUAAAUCGAUUAUAAACGGUAAAAAUGAAUCAAUUUUUUUCCAUUUUUUUCUGGCAAGAGAGGCGAGUGUCACCAUCAUCAUUCGUUAUACAGUCAAAUACAGUACAACUAUUCAACCAAAAAAAAAAAAAACUACUACCACCAUCACCAUUGAAUUGUGUGGAAAAAAAAUGAAACAAAUUUGCCAAACAUUCAACGUUAAUUUUUCUUCUCAUGUAAAUAACCAAACAAAUAAAUCAACAUAUCCAAUGAUUAUCAAUAUCAUGGCUUCUAUAAUGAGAAUCAUUAUACAUCGCAUAAAAAUAUUUUUUCCAUCAUCAUCAUCAUCGAAAAAAUUUGUAAAGAUUGGCAAUAUAAUGGAUGAAUUUUUUAAAUAUCUGAAAUAUUACAUAUUUCGUUUGGAAUAUUCAAUGGAUGAUUAUCAAAAUCGCAGCAUUCAAUGGACAUAUCAAACAUUUCGUCGUUCAAUAUGGUUAACAUUGAGUUUUUGGUUGAAUAUCGUGUGUAUUUUUCAUUUUGUCAUCUAUCCAACCAGAAUUGAAUUGAAAGUAUUGCAAAAUUUUGAAUCAGAAUUCCAUUUACAACGAUCAGAUCUUGUUUUUUCACACUUGUUAUUCGCAUUUAUCAUGCUCGAAUAUUUAUGGUUUGAUUUAUUUCGCGAAAUUUUAACAUAUAAAUUCAAAGUUAACGAAUUGAUAAUAAAAUAUAGUCGUUUCAAUGAUGAUGCAUUGGAACCAGAAUAUCGUGGUUAUUUGUCACGUUUUGUUCAAAUUGGCAAUCUAUCAUCAAAUGUAUUGAAUGUUGUCAUUUUCAUUGUCUUGGUCGAAUUUUAUCUAUUAGUCAUUUAUCGUUUUCAUUCAUUCUAUCAAAAUGAUGAAAUAUCAAUGUUUUUUAUGAUUAUUUUCAUCAUACUAAUCACGAAUUCAUUUUAUCGUUUGCAAUAUUUUGUCGGUCUAUUAUCCGAUGUAAUGCGAUAUUUAUUAUAUUUUAUUGAAUUGUUAAAAUUGCGAAUGAAAAGAAUGAUUUCGCAAUUACGCCAAUCUUGUUGUUGUGGUAAAUUCUCAUCGAUCAAUUAUCGAUUAUUUUGGCCAAUGUUCACGAAAGAAUAUGUUCAACUUUAUUAUGAAGUGGCCAUAUUCAAUCAAACAGUUAGUAACAUCUUCUUGGAUAUUGAAAUCAUAUCUAAAUCCUCAAUUAUAUUCGGCAUAUUGUUUUACAGCAAACAAAUUCAUCAAAUGAAUGUAUACAAUACAAUAAUAGUAACAUUGUUUCUUGCAGGAUUCAUCUAUACAAAUGGAUUGUAUUCACGAGUGGCUCAAUUUCCACAUUUCAAUCUGCUUGGUGGCCGUACAAUAAUGCAAUGGAUAGGCCGAACACAACAACUGCAACGAAAAAAUAUUCGUCUUUCACCGAGAAAUGUGAUUAAAACAAAUCUAUUUGCACAGACAAUGUCAAAUAAUCAAUUCGGUAUCAGUUGUGGACAGGUGUUUUUCAUCACAAAAUAUAAAUACACAGAAUUGUUUCUAAUGAAUUUUGUCAUGACUAUUAUGUUUUAUGAGAAAUUAUUCAUGUAA